UCUGUCAUUUAACCUUGCGGGCGUAUUUUUGAUUGUCAAAUUUGGGAGCUAUACGAUAAACUGUAUAAUGUUGAUAUAAUAGAUUGUAUUGUAUGUGUUGUAUUACAGGAAAAGUAUCUUGAUGCAUGUAAAAUAUGACGGAGAUAGAAUGGAUAUCAAAACCUAUGGAAUAUGGAACUGUAAAGUUUACAUGCCUAGAAGAAGCUAUAGAACAUCCUCUAAAACCAGUUGUGAUUACUUUAAUUGAUGGACGUGGUGCAGUCAGACGCAAUAUAUUACGUAGUACAAGCACAGGUUCCUCCACUGGAACACCAACACCAACACAUACACCAAUUCCUGCAUAUCAACUGAAUGAUCCACUCUUGAGCCAUGCAUCUCUGGAUGGUUCUGAUCCUCUUACACAGUUUGCCCGUGAAGAACUGGAUCCUCUUUCCAAAAUGGCUGCAGAUGAAUGGGAUUACUCUUGUAACGUUGCACUGGCCAGCAAAAAACUGAAAGAUACAGCAGAGGAAUUAGUAGAACCAUGGUCUGUUAGACGUUCUGCCAUACUGAGCAAAUACACAACUUCUGAAAAACUAUCAAUUGUUACCAGUUUUUUACCAGGUGGAGAAAAAGUUGUAGUAAAAGUUCAACCAAGUGGUCCAAUGGUCGACAAAGUGAAGACGCGUCUCGAGCAGUUGGAUGACUUUGAGGAAGGUUCUGUGAGGCAAAUGUUGGAUCUGUCGCAACAACAAUAUACCGCGCGAAUCGAGCAAUUGAACAAUGAACUAGUACAAGCGUGGCAUUCUGAUCAAAGAGUAAAGGCUCUGAAAAUAGCCAUUCAGUGUGCCAAAUUAUUAGUAGAUACGUCUGUAAUGGCUUUUUAUCCAAGCAAGUUUGUUCUCAUCACAGACAUCUUGGAUAUCUUUGGGAAACUUGUAUACGACAGAUUGAAAAUGAAGGCUGAAUACUACAAACCAGGAAGCAAAGUGCCCACGAGUUUGCCUGAUAAUUUUACACCCGACAUGGUGCCGGAGAACGCGAAGGAGACAUGUCGGAAUUGGUUCUACAAGAUAGCGUCUAUACGCGAGCUGGUGCCGCGUCUAUAUGUCGAAAUGGCGAUAAUAAAGUCGUACAGCUUCUUAACGACAAGCGAAUUUAAUACCGCUCUAUUACGUAUAACUCGGAUGAUAAGAGGAAUCGGAAACCCAUUGAUAGCGGUUUACGCGCGAUGCUAUUUGUGUCGCGUGGGAUUGGCGUUGAACAAAACGUCAGAUUUUGAGUUUGUAAGGGAGAACUUGUAUGAUUUUCUUUUCACUUACCAGCAGCUGUUCGGAGCUGCUGUGAGGAGCGAAUUAACGAAGCAAAAUAUUACUUUACAUUCGUAUUUGAAUCUCUACUCGCCGGCCUUGGAUUGGAUCGUACAAGUUUUGGUGGCAACGUCGCCCGAGAGUCUUCUCGAGGAAGUUCUGUCUCGGUGUAAAAAACAAGAAAACGGAUCAUUAUUGUUAAAUACUGUGCUGACCGCAUUUAAGCCGACGUACAUUGCCGCACGCGCCAUGGACUUUGUGAAUCUAAUAGUAGCGAGCGAAGACGAUGGAUACCCUCAGUAUCUCUUGUAUCGCAGUUUGGGCGAGUGUCUCCUGCGAGAGUCUCCGCCGAAAGAGGAUUGCCAGUCGGUGCUGAACGUGAUAUGGAAGUAUGUGACGGAGCUCACGGAUCCCAACAAAUUCAUGCACUGCAUCGAGAUCUGGAUUCAGUUCACCGUCAUACAUUUUUCUGUGAAUGAACUCAAUUUGUUUUUCGGCAAAAUCAUAGAUCGCCUUCGACCGAACAAGGCUUUCGAGAGCUACUAUUUUCAAUUGCAAAACAUCGUUGAGAAGAUAGUCACCCACACGCAAGACUUUGAGUCAUUACUUGCCGUGGACAACUUCCUGCCGUUGAUAGAUCUGUUUCACAAAGAAGGUAUCAAAGUCGAGGUUUGCAAGACUGUUAUAGAAGGAUUGAGCGCGCAAAGCGGGCCCAUUACAGAUCCUAUUAUUAUAAACGCACUAAUGUUUAUCGCCAGAAUCAUGCACGACUCUGUUAGCGCUCUAACUGUCGAGGAUGAGAAACGGCAGAUUGGCCAACUGAUAUGCAGUCUCGUGCAACGGGUAGACUAUGGCCGUGAUUUCGAGAAGCAGCUAAGUUUCUACGCGGAAGCCAGAGCAGCAUUUCCUAAUCUCGAUAGUGUUCAUAUACAGCUUGUACAGUGUGUAAAUAGAUUAUCGGUCGACACUAGGAAAAUCGUGCGCGGCCACCAUACGAGGAGGACAUCAGCGUUCGUGCGCGCCUGUGCUGCAUUUUGUUUCAUCACGAUUCCAUCGUUGACUCUGGUCCACACACGCCUUCAAUUGUAUUUAUUAUCCGGACAGGUGGCUCUUUUGAAUCAGUGCCUGGGCCAAGCCGAUGCCUGCUUCAAGGCAGCUUUGAGCUUGGUUCCGGAAAUGCCGAAGACCAUCGACAUCGACGGCAGGCAGAAGAGUUCGCAGCCGUAUUUGCUCUCGUACCUGUCGAAUUUCUUGUCGACGUUGCUGGUGGUUCCGGAUAGUCCGGAGCACGGUGUCUUGUAUCUGAUGAGAGGUUUGCUCAACGCAGUCCAACGUUGUUUCGAAGAGAACACAUCGACCAAAUCGUACCUGUAUUUGCGCGUACUCGAUCUACUAUCGACGGUCGCCCAGGAAAAUUAUCCAUACCAUAUCGAUAAGGUCGAUUCGAAUGACAAGUUGUAUGGAUCUGAUCAAAAAUUCAUUGGCGAGGUGAAUAAAAUUUGCUCGAAAAUCGUGGAGGAAAUUUUGAGUCACCUCAAGUAUCUCGGAUCCACCGAUCAGUUUGACAAGCAGUCGGCCCUGGCGCUCGAAUUGUUCAACUGUUUCAUCAUUCGCGCGGAUCUACGGGAACCCGCGUUGGCGAAUAUGGCUGUAAAUUUGUGGAACUUGUCACAACGCCACGGUUCGGUGGAUCCGAAAGUCACGAUGAGGACGAAGGCUUACAUGAUGCAGAAGAGUCAUCAUCGCGAGUAUGGGCACUUUGCUGAUAUACUCAGGAAGAUGUCUAGAUAAAUAAAAUAUCUGGGACAUUUCAUUAUCGGAACACACACAGUUUCGAUGUGAUUCAACUCAACUUUAUUGGCAGUUUUUUCAGAGGAUAUUUUGUCAUCAUGCAAUAAAUUUUCCGACUGUAACAAUCAAAUCAGUUAGAGCGAAUGAAUAAAUUCGAACAUAAACUGAUUAUGUCGUAUAACUCGAACACAAGAAAUCAACUGCAUACAAGGUAAACAUUGAGUAUAAUUUUACAUCAUGUUUCUUCCCUUUCUUUUUUUUUGCAAUUUAAUGAGUGCUGCUUGAAAUACAAGAUGUACGACUAAACAUAAGAAUUUGUAAUACUGCAAUAAAAAUAUCAUAAUGUUA